UGCUUCCCCAUCACAUGCUCAUGCCCCUGGGUGGGCUGCUGUGGUGCUGCUUCUGUGGCUGGUACUGCUGUGGAUUGUGCACCCCAGCUCCCCAGAUGUUGCGCCACCAGGGUCUCCUCAAGUGCCGCUGCCGAAUGCUCUUCAAUGACCUGAAGGUUUUCCUGCUGAGGCGCCCCCCUCCAGCGCCCCUGCCCAUGCACGGUGACCCCCAGCUCCCUGGUGUGGCGGCCAACAACAACACCCUUCCGGCUCUGGGCGCCGGGGGGUGGGCAGGCUGGAGGGGCCCUCAAGAAGCGGUGGGAAGGGAGACCCCUCCUCUGCCGCCCCCACCACCUUUGCCUCCUUCUGUGGAAGAUGACUGGGAUGGCCCAGCCACAGGGCCACCUGCCUGCCUGCUCAGCAGUACUUCCUCUGAUGAAUUCUGUAAGGAAAAAGCUGAGGACUGCUACUCUCUAGGAAGUAGCUUGGACAGUGGUAUGAGGACUCCCCUCUGCCGCAUCUGUUUCCAGGGACCAGAACAGGGAGAGCUGCUAAGCCCAUGCCGCUGUGACGGUUCAGUGAAAUGUACCCACCAGCCGUGUCUCAUCAAGUGGAUCAGUGAAAGGGGCUGCUGGAGCUGUGAACUGUGCUACUACAAAUACCAUGUCGUCGCCAUAAGCACAAAGAAUCCUCUACAGUGGCAGGCCAUAUCCCUGACAGUCAUCGAGAAGGUUCAGAUUGCCGCCGCCAUCUUGGGUUCUCUCUUCCUUAUCGCCAGUAUCUCUUGGCUCAUCUGGUCGACCUUCAGUCCCUCAGCAAAAUGGCAGCGCCAAGACCUCCUCUUCCAGAUCUGCUAUGGGAUGUAUGGCUUCAUGGACGUGGUGUGCAUAGGUCUCAUCAUCCACGAAGGACCCUCGGUAUACCGCAUCUUUAAACGAUGGCAGGCCGUCAACCAGCAGUGGAAAGUGCUGAACUAUGACAAGACAAAAGACUUAGAGGAUCAAAAAUCAGGAGGCAGGACAAACCUCCGGACUUCUUCAUCAACCCAAGCCAAUAUCCCCUCCACGGAAGAGGAGGCAGCCAGCCCUCCUGCCCGUGAGGAGGGCCCCACCAGGGCUGCCAGCCACCCCUCAGGCCCUGUGUCCCAACACCACUGUGCUUACACCAUUCUGCACAUCCUGAGUCACUUGAGACCUCAUGAACAACGGAGCACGCAGGGCAGCAGCCGAGAACUCGUCAUGAGAGUCACCACGGUGUGAAUGGAGGCCUGGGAGGAAGGCUGAGACCACACAGGCCCCCCAGGAAAUCGGCUGGGCCAGGAGGGGCCCAGGAAGCAGGAAUGGGAGGCAGAAAUCCAGCCGUGGGUGAGGGUCCUCGAGGGAGCCUGGAGCAGAGGGGCGCUAUGGGGAGGCUGCCUGCUGGAGAGCGCCUGUGAUUUCCAGUCUGUUGGUUUCACAGACCCCACAACAGUGGGUGGGACAAUGGAACCCGCCCUAAGAAAACAUUCCUCCCUGCAAAAUGACGAGGAGCAAGGCAUCCAGAAAGGGCUGGGCAGAAAAUGGCGGCCGGUACCCGAGGUACCUGCUGCCCCUGUGGGAUGUAAGGGCAGCAAAGAGAACAAGCCACGGCCACCCGUGGCCCAGCAUUUUGUAAUCCGCACCUCUCUCUCUCAGUCUUGGGUUUGCUCCUCUCUGGGCGCUGCUUCCCUUGUGAGCUGGUACGCGCUUCCCAGCACUGGGUGCCCCAGGGAGAGAGUGGGACCUUGUGAGCUGGUACCCCUACCAUGCUUGUCGGGGGUGGGGGUGGGGGGCCCUGCACACUGCAAAGUUCCAGUGACUCAAAUGGCUUUACCGACCCCCGGGGGCCGUUCAGGAAGGGAGCUGCAGAUAUGCCUGGCUAGAGAGAUGGGGCUGUCUCCUCCAGAGAGAACUUUCCUAGCUGUGACCACGAGUAUCAGGUGAGGUCAAAGAAGGCUGAGGUUUGGGGAUGCGCAUCUUUCUGUUCCCUUGUUUAUUUUAUGGUGAUUGGGCUCAAAGAUGUUUACAGGAUGGGGGACUCACACACAUACCUGUGUGCGUGUGUGUGUGUGUGUGUGUGUGUGUGUGUGUGUGUGUGUGUGUGUAGAGGGAAGUAUGGAUUGCUCAUGAGUAUCUCAAGCACACAACUGCUACUGCAGCUUCAACCUUCAAAUGUCAGGCCAGGGAAAAUUCGCCCCACUGCUGAGCCCCACUCACACCUGGGAUAAUGUAGUGCCAUGUCUUUUUGGCCGUGGCAUUUGAAAGGGUAGGCACACGCACACAUGCAUACACACCCGCACACGCACACACACAACACACCCUCCCACCUGGGUCUGCUGCAGUGUGGGGUGAUGCUGGCCUGUGUAUCUCAAGGAAGGAGUGAACACCGAUCUAAGUAUUCCUGGCGUCCUGGCACCAGUAACCUCCCUGAAGAGGCAGCUCGCCCUGUGCUCAGUGCGGUGCACACCUUGAUCCUCCCUGUGGGGCUGAGCACUCCAAGGAGCCAGUGGGGAGCACUGUCCCAGGAGCCCGCCUGUGUGUUCCAGGACCUGCCAGGGAAGGCCGCUGGGUGGUCACCCGCAGUUUCUUACCGUCUUGGCACAAUGGACGCGCCAUCCUUGGGUAUUAAAAGGACACUGUUGAGUACUUUUUUAAACUAGUUUUUAGGGUUUUUUUUUUUUUUUAACUCUCUGUUAUUUGUAAUAUUCUCUUAAAGGCUUGGAAAUAAAAU